GGCAAAGAUGGAAAGGAUGGUCAACAUGGUAAGUCAUCUCUAGGUGACUCGACCCAGUUUUUUUUAAGGGGGUACCAUCCUACUUUGAAGCUCUCUGGUAUCCCCACCUUUACUUUUAUCGUAAGUCUAACACAUAGAAUGGAUAACAUAUAGAUCAAUCUACAAUAUGACAUAAAAUUUUUUGGCGAUCGGAGUAAAUGUCACGUGGUUAUAAUGCCACGCCCCUUUGAGGUCUGCGUCCAAAAUCUGCUGUUGCCAGCAUUUUUUCGUGAAAAUCUCUCGGCUACACAUAGUGCGCAUUAGUGCCUUGCGCUGAACAGAGUUUCACCAAAAUCGCAAAGACCCAAUUCGAGAAAUUCAGCGGUUUCCAAAUUUAGGUCAUAAUUUAUGCGAAAAUGAUAAGCAAACUUUACACGGAUUAUAUCUAAUAAGCUAUGAGAUUCAUCUCUGUAUUUUGGGCAUCCUUAUAACAGAUGGGUCCUUGCAAGUCAGCAAAACGCUUUAGGGCCUUGUAAAUGCGCGCGAUUUCGAGCAAAGCAAACAUAUAGAAAUUAUAGUUUUCGCUAUUUGUUGACGUUUGUCAGCGUUUGAGAGUCCUUCUCACGAAAAAAGCAUUUUCUUAAAAAUUCGUGGUUUUUUUUCCUUCAAAUUUUUUCAGGGCAACAAUUGAUUAACUAACUACCCGGACUCUGAAUUUCAUGGUCGUUGAAAAACUGUGACAUUAUCUUCUAUAAGCUCAAACUUGAGUAAACAUUGACAUUUUUAGUGCUUUGGGAGUUGGUUGUUACACAAGAACAUUUAACUGAAUUAUUAAUUUUUUAAAAAUAAUUUUACAUCUUAUUCUUCUUUCUUUGAAAAGAGAAAAGCCCAAAUGUAAAAAAAAAGCCCCUCUUUUUGCUUAUCAAUCUCUUGGUUUAUUAGAUAUAAUCCGUGUGAAGUUUGCUUAUCAUUUUCGCAUAAAUUAUGACCUAAAUUUGGAAACCGCUGAAUUUCUCGAAUUGGGUCUUUGCGAUUUUGGUGAAACUCUGUUCAGCGCAAGGCACUAAUGCGCACUAUGUGUAGCCGAGAGAUUUUCACAAUAAAAUGCCGGCAUCAGGCGAUUUUGGACUCAGACCUCAAAGGGGCGUGGCAUUAUAACCACGUGACAUUUACUCCGAUCGCCAAAAAUUUUAUGUCAUAUUGCAGAUUGAUCUAUAUGUUAUCCAUUCUAUGUGUUAGACUUACGAUAAAAGUAAAGGCGGGGAUACCAGAGAGCUUCAAAGUAGGAUGGUACCCCCCCAAAAAAACUGGGUCGAGUCACCUUAAAAUGCAACAAUUUUCCUUCAUUACCAUUUACAUACAUUAUAUGAUUUAGAAAUAAUUAGUCUUUUGUAUAAUCAAGUGUUAUUUUUGGUAAUUGCAGGAAAAGAUGGGCGCGAUGGAGUGAAUGGUGAUGUACAUUAUUUUAUUAAAUGUUACUAGUAAUAAAGGCUGAGGAGUGUGGCCAACAAUGAUUGAAUGUCAAAAUGCUUUCGCUCCGAUCCAGUGCUGUGUUUUGUGUGGUGGUCAAAUAUACAUGAUUACGAGUGAUAUGAGGUCCAAAUGCACGUGCUCAAAGUGCGUUCUGUGCAUUCCAUACAUUACUUGUGGAGGUCCAAACGAUUGGCUACAUACAUGCAACAUAUGCAUAAUAACAACCUGGGCUGAGUUGCUCAAAGUAUGGUUAGCUUUAACCAUUGGUUAAGAAGUAUCAAAACCAAUACGUUGUUAAGGUAUUAAACGCUGGUUAACGCUAACCAUGCUUCGAGCAACUGGGCCCUGGAGAUUAGAAUAGCAGGCCCCUCUUGUCGCCCGUGAUUAUCCUUUAUACAAGUACAAACAUGUCAGUAUAUACUUGCCAACUCUUUCUGAGUCAAUUUAAUUAAUGCAUGAGAUUUUCGUCCUGUUAUGACAGGAGUUUCUGAAAACGUCCCAGCCACUUCUGCACAUUUCCAACAAUUUUCCGAACACUUCCAAACGUUGCCAAAAAAUGUGUGAAGUUGUUCUGACAACCUUUGAGAGAUUCUGAAGUUAUUUCAAGUGUCAAAGGGAAAUUGGAUCGAAUUUUUGUCAUAUUAAGCAUGUGUUAAAGAACAAUUCAUCCGGAUUUGUUUGUGAGGUGUGAGAAAUUGUCCUUGUUGAUGAGUGAAAUCAAGGUCUAGACAUAAGUCCCCAGGCAUGAAACUCGUGCAUAAUGUGUUAGAGUUGUCAGGCAUACUGUAAUUAUUCUCAAAAUAAAUCUUAACCAUGGGUUUCCUUCUUGUCAUCCCCCCUGUUGAAGCUUAGCUUGUUGUCAGUGUUCUACCCUAGCUUGUAAUAUUACUAAUCCAAGGCUGUACGCCAAGAAAAAUUGUAGGGAUCCCAGUGCUCUGAACCUGUGAAAAACAGGGAGCCAAGCAUCAGAUUUGUAUGGGAAAGCUAAGAUUUCCUACUUGCUCAAGAUCAAAAGUAAGUGUUUAAGGGCCACUGACUGGGUGCUGCUUAAAAAGCACCAGUACAGCGGAACCUCGAUAUAAUGAAUGGCCAAGGGACUGGCAAUAAUAUAACAGGCUAUAACGAGGUUUCAUUUUAUUGAGGUUUUUUUUCAUAUAUUUUACUGUUACUGGGGUAAAGAAAAUAUUUUGUUAUACCAAGGACUUCGUUAUAUAGAGGUUCAUGAUAUCGAGGUUCCAGUGUAUCACUUUAAUUUGUUUAUUGUCUUGAACACAGGAAAAGAUGGCCGUGAUGGACGAGAUGGCAGUGGAAUAAAGGUUGGCUUUUUUAAGCUUCAAACAUUGCUUUCUCUUUUUGCUUGAAAAGUUCAGAAAUUCAAAUUAAAUGACCCAUGGAGCUGUAUGUCUCCAAUAAAAUGGUCUCUGUAGUGUGAAUGUAUCAAGUUGCCCAAAAAGAGGGGCUUUUUUUUUUACAUUUGGGCUUUUCUCUUUUCAAAGAAAGAAGAAUAAGAUGUAAAAUUAUUUUUAAAAAAUUAAUAAUUCAGUUAAAUGUUCUUGUGUAACAACCAACUUUUAGGGUCACUGUAACCAGAUAGUUUGCAAAAAUGAAACAUGACUAAAAAAUAAUACAAAUUAUGGACUUAUUAUAGAAUGGGACACAACUCAAAAAUAGUUGGCCAGCUUUUUAAAGUUUUGUCACUGUUUAUUGGACAAAUAAAAAUUGCUACAUAAAACUAUUUGAUUUGCUUUUUUCCCCACUGAUUCAGUUGUAAAAGUUGCUGUUGGCACAAUUUAGAGGAAAAGCACCUGCUCAUGUUUUUAAAACAGAACCCACAAAUGUGAAUAAAUUGUAUUCCGUACACUGUACCUCAGUUAAUUAUUUUAUUAUAGUAAAAUGUAAUUUCACACUUUCAUUUUUUAUGAAGUGAUAUCUAUCUUGUUCAAAGUUAAUGUUGGCAAUAUGCUGGCUCCUAAUAUGGGAGGUUAUGGGUGGUUCAAAGGCGAUUGGGUUCAGAUUCAUGUAGUGUAACCUUCCUUUGAUACCCUAUUGUAUGGUUAAGCCUCUAGUGUUAAUGCAAUGACUAAGCAGCUGUGUGCAUAUAGAUAAACUCAGACCAAAUGUUAAAUUUAAAUGGUUGGCCUGAAGCUGUUUUGAUUACUUUGAUUUAACAAAAAAAGUGAAAAAAGGUGCACUCUGUGUUGAUUCUUGAUUUUUUUGUUAUGACAAGUAAAUAAACUCAUUUUAGUGGUGGUACUUGUAUGUCCAUGAAGCUAAUAUAAAUAAGUAAAAUUAGUUAUUUUAUCAGUGAUAGUUUUCGCAGUUUUGGUUUCACUUUUAUUUGUGAAUAUCUCUGUUAGGGAGAAAAAGGAGAAACAGGGAUGCCAGGAAAUGACGGAAAUGCUGGCGUCAAGGUAUUAUUGACAUGUACUGCUUUUUUAAUAGUGGUUUGAGUUUCUGGAUCCAUAUACUUAAAUAAAACGUCAUUGAAUAUAAAUUUAAGUUGAACGAUGUAAAAUCAUCCAAAUCAUAACCAGACCAGUUAACUUUAUUUUGAUCUCCACCACACUAAAGACAAGCAAAUUGGCUAUUCUCUUAGCAUUUGUAUUAAAAAUAACAAUGAUGAUGAUAAUAAUAGUAAUAAUAAUAAUAUUAAUAAUAAUAAUAAAAUAGUAAUAAUAUGUAAAGAGGGAGCCCAACUUCCCAUAGCAGUUUUCAGUGGGUCCCUCAUUAAAGUUACUAAAGUAAUUAAUUGAUAAAAAGUAAAAACUUGCUCAAAAAUGAAAAAAAGAGUUAAGAUCAUAAAAUUCGCAGUAAAAAGUACGACUUUUUCCUGGAGUAAGAAGUUCCCAUAACAUUGUUCCUUAUUUUAACUUUGAGGAUGCUGAGGACAGUUUCUCUAGAAAUGCUUUAUGCGUUUACUAUGCAUGUUAUCAUUUUAUCAUGAGGAGAUAUGCAGCCAAUUAGCUUUUAAAGAAAAAAGUGCGAGGACAAGUUGAGUUAGAAGUUUCUUACUUCUACUUCAGUACUCUUAAACGCUUUCACAUCUAAGAGAUUAAUAAUGCAGAAUAAAAAAAAUGAAAAUAAAAUAAUAGAAAUAAGAUAAAAUAUUAAUUUAAAAAACGUUGCGUAGAUGAUAACAAAAGUUGCUUGAUUGCCUACUUUACCUUCUUAGCUUCGACUUCUGUACCAUUAUUAUUAUUAUUAGUAGUAGUAGUAUUUAGUAUUAGUAUUAGUAUUAGUAUUAUCAUCAUCAUCUUGUGUGGUUCUUAUUAUUUCUUUUGUAGGGGGAGAAAGGAGAACCAGGAGUAGAUAAAAACAGUAAUGGUGGUGUUAAAGUAAGCGUAACUUUAUCCUUCGUUUUGAAGACAGAAAUGACCAAUUUUCAGAAUCCAAAACAAAAAGGAAAGCGCAUCUUUAUCCUUACAGCAACAAAGGACUCAUACGAUUUUCUUUAUUGGUCCUGACCUACCAAUGAAGAAUCAUUAAUAUUACCUUUGAUUUCUCCACAAAGGGUGAGAAAGGAUCUCGUGGUGACAAAGGAUCACAAGGAGAGAAGGGACCACAAGGACAAAAAGGAAUUCCGGGAACUUGUGAUACCAAGGUAAUUAUCAUAAAACACUUUCCAUAUUUAACCAAUCUCUAUAACCUUUAGUAUAUAUAUAAUUCUUUUUACGAAAGCCUUAUUAAUUUUAUUACCACAGACUUCAUACACGUGUUGCGUGCACGAUCUCUUCUUUUUCCUGUUAUGUUUAAAGGGAGAAGGGUGCAUGAUUUAGUGGCAAGGCCAUGACAAGUGACAAUCGAGAUUUUCACUGGUACAAGUCAACUCACAUGUCCCACAAGUUCAAGGAAAGAGGAACAGAAUAAUACUCGCAGUCUUUGUUCACUAACACCAAAGAUGAUGUUAUGGUUAGAUUCAUAUCUCAAUGUUAUCUUGAAAGCGGGAGCAUUUUAGCAUCUUUUGGUGUUCGAUCAAGGGAGAUUGUCGUCAGAAAAAGUUGACUGUACGGGUGUUAAACCUUAUAGUUUGCAUAAAUAAAUACAUUAGGAGAUUGAAAGCUUUGUUAAUAAAUUGUAUUUGUUGUUUUUAUUUUGCCUUUUAGAGCAAAUCGAAGUGCUGUUUACCAGGUAUGAGCAUUAUUUAUUACUGUUGUCUACGAUGUACAUGUACAUUGAUUCAUUAGAAAGAAGAGCUGCCAAAUUUUAGUUUCAUGAAUAAGUGGCUCCUUCACAUGUACAUUAAAACUGCAGAAACAACACAAGAGUUAGAUGUACCUUUCUACCUUAUUUUUCGAUUUAUUCUAGUUGUUUUUUAUAGUAAUUGCUUGAUAACAAAGAUUUUCAACAAUUUUUUUUUCUUGUGGAAGAUUGCUCUAUUGGAUUCCACUUCUUUGAGAAAGUUCAAGAUCUUCCAACCCGAGGAGCAUUAGAUGUUGAACAUUUCACCAUUGAUGGAAGCUUGUUUCUUGCUUUUGCCAACUAUCGUGGGGACAUUAAAAACCGCAAGACAAGUUCCAUGAUCUACAAGAUGGACAACUCAACUGGAAGAUUGUCUUUGUACCAGACCCUGCAGACAAGAGGAGCGUAUGACCUGGAGUACUUUUCUAUUGCUAAUAAACAUUUUCUUGCUGUCGCUAAUCAUUGGGAUGGAACAUACCGGCUGGACUCUACAGUCUAUCAAUGGAAUGGAAAGCUGUUUGUCGACUUUCAGAAGUUAUCAACAAACGGAGCAGGUUACUUCACCUAUUUCAAGAUACUUGGGGAAAGGUAUCUCGCAGUAGCCAACUACAAUGACGGAAGUACCCAUUCUAUAAAGUCAGUUAUCUACAAAUGGAGCAGCGGCACGUUUAACAGAUUUCAAGACAUACCAACUGAAGGUGCCCUGGGAUGUACAGCGUUUGUGAUAAACGGUGAUACAUUCAUCGCUUUUGCAAACUAUUACAACUCCCAACAAAAGCAUUCUGUUCAGUCCACUGUGUUCAAGUGGUCAGGAGGUCGCUUUGUUAAACUGCAGUCUCUUCAGACUUACGGAGCGAGAGGUGUGAAGUCUUUCAACGUCAACGGUCACACGUUCCUCGCUUUUGCCAACCAAUAUUCUGGAAGUAAGUACAACAUCGAUUCGUUCAUUUACAAAUGGAAUGGCAAUACAUUUGUCUUGUUCCAAUCCAUUUCUACUCAAGGAGGCUCAACAUGGUGUCCAUUUGUGAUCAACGGUCAAACCUACCUUGGUGUGGCUAAUUACCACGGUGACAGUCAGAAACAUAACACUCAGUCACUUGUGUACCAGGCCUCUGGAGCAAGGUUCAUCAAGUACCAAGAGAUUCCCACACAUGGAGGGCAUGGUAUGACGUCAUUUGAGUACAAAGGUCAUACUUACCUUGCAGUGACAAACUAUUACAACAAGAAAUAUAACAUAAACAGCGCCCUGUACAAGUGGGUAUAG